AUGGGGGCAGGCCAGGUGGGAGACCCCAAGCACGCCCCCGCCAAAGUUCAGGGAGCUGAUAACCUGAAACAUCACCACGGCCACGGCCACGGCCACGGCCACGAGCACGGAACCUCCUCAGAUUCCAGCUGCAGCUCCAGCGACUCAGAAAAUGAGGCGAAGCCCGGCGCUGCCGGCUCCGAGCAGCACAAAAGCGCCCCGGGCAAGGUCAAGAAGCCCAAGGUGAAAAAGGAGAAGAAGAAGGAGGAGAAGAAGGAGGAGAAGAAGGAGGGGAAGAAGAAGGAGGCGUCCCACUGA